UGACCAGGUCCAGGUCCAGGAUGCGGUGCCUCGUGGUGCUACUUGCAGCCCUCGCUCUCUCCCAGGCCAGUGGGAUCACCAGGAUCCCUCUGCACAAAGGCAAGACUCUGAGAAAAGCGCUGAAGGAGCGUGGGCUCCUGGAGGACUUUCUGCAGAGACAACAGUAUGCCGUCAGCAGCAAGUACUCCAGCUUGGGGAAGGUGGCCAGGGAACCCCUGACCAGCUACCUGGAUAGUCAGUACUUUGGGAAGAUCUACAUCGGGACCCCACCCCAGGAGUUCACCGUGGUGUUUGACACUGGCUCCUCUGACCUGUGGGUGCCCUCUAUCUACUGCAAGAGCAAUGUCUGCAAAAACCACCACCGCUUUGACCCGAGAAAGUCGUCCACCUUCCGGAACCUGGGCAAGCCCCUGUCCAUCCAUUACGGCACGGGCAGCAUGGAGGGCUUUCUGGGCUACGACACCGUCACCGUCUCCAACAUUGUGGACCCCAACCAGACUGUGGGCCUGAGCACCGAGCAACCUGGCGAGGUCUUCACCUACUCCGAGUUUGACGGGAUCCUGGGGCUGGCCUACCCCUCGCUUGCCUCCGAGUACUCGGUGCCCGUGUUUGACAAUAUGAUGGACAGACACCUGGUGGCCCGAGACCUGUUCUCGGUUUACAUGGACAGGAAUGGCCAGGGGAGCAUGCUUACACUGGGGGCCAUUGACCCGUCCUACUACACCGGCUCCCUGCACUGGGUGCCCGUGACCUUGCAGCAGUACUGGCAGUUCACCGUGGACAGUGUCACCAUCAACGGGGUGGCAGUGGCCUGUGUUGGUGGCUGUCAGGCCAUCCUGGACACGGGUACCUCCGUGCUGUUCGGGCCCAGCAGCGACAUCCUCAAAAUUCAGAUGGCUAUUGGAGCCACAGAGAACCGGUAUGGUGAGUUUGACGUCAACUGUGGGAGCCUGAGGAGCAUGCCCACCGUGGUCUUCGAGAUCAAUGGCAGAGACUACCCACUGUCCCCCUCCGCCUACACAAGCAAGGACCAGGGCUUCUGCACCAGUGGCUUUCAAGGUGACAACAAUUCCGAGCUGUGGAUCCUGGGGGAUGUCUUCAUCCGGGAGUAUUACAGUGUCUUUGACAGGGCCAACAAUCGCGUGGGGCUGGCCAAGGCCAUCUGAUUGCAC